AUGGACCCGGUCACGGCGGUUGGUCUUGUUGCCAACAUUUUACAGUUCGUGGAACUAGGCUGCAAGAUCUUUACCAAUGCGAAAGAGAUCCGGCAUUCGGCGUCUGGGCUGACGCAAAAUGACCAGAGAACGAUGGACGUGAUAAGCGAGAUGCACAGGCUCUCCUUGAAUCUCGAAACACCUGGUAGAGAACCUAGCGACGCAAAUGAGAAGGCACUCUUUAAGCUUGCAUGCGAAUGUCGGAAGCUAUCACACGAGAUUCUGAAGCUACUGGAUAAGACCUCCACGAAAAAUCCUGGUUCUAAGAGCGAAGCCAUACGUUCGACGGUUCGCAGGAUGAGGUCGAACAUCAAAGAUCGAUUGAUAUCGCUCGCCAUUGACAAUGAAACUCAACUAAGCACGAUCAACGACCUGAACGCAAACCUGAAACAUCUUCAUGACCGACUCUCUUCAUCAUCUUCAAGCAACGACGACCUUAUGCAGAAGGUCCGGGAACUCGUGCAGCUUCCACAGGCUGCUAGAGAAGCCGUUGCUCAACAGCAGAUUUUGCGAAUGCUAGACAAUGAUGAUUUCAACCUGCGAUAUGAUAUUGUCGAUAAAGCUCAUCGAGAAACGUUCAGAUGGAUCGUUGAAGAAGGCAAUAAUGCCGAGUCUGAGCGUUUGUCCGAUAGCCGCAAGCUCCUCCGUACAUGGUUAGCUGAGGAGCAGGGAGGAUUUCACAUUGCGGGAAAGUUAGGCUCUGGAAAAUCUACGCUCAUGAAGUUCCUUUUCAGCCACCCCAAAACGGUUUCCGAUUUGCAAGAAUGGUCAGGUACGCGAGAAUUCAAAUCCUCUUUCAGGUCCAUGGUCAGCUUACACUAUCUAGGUACCCGGCGACUUGCUUUCGUCAACUUUUUCUUUUGGAGACCGGGAUCAACAUGGCAAAACUCUGUUAGAGGCCUUCUGCAACAUUUGGUCUACGGCACACUCCGGUCAUGCCCCGAACUCAUUCAGGUUGCAUUUCCGGUUCUUUGGGAAGAAACAGUCCAAUCUUUCAGACACCCUUUCGAGCCAUAUCACUACGAUAGACGCUCGAUCGGGGAUGAGACUAUCCAGACCGCUCUUGGCAAUAUCCUCACUCACGCAAAAGUCCAUAAGACGCACCGAUUGUGCUUCUUUAUAGAUGCUCUUGAUGAGCAGAAUGAUCCAUCACCCCAAAACGACCAUAAAGCUCUAGUAGAAAUGAUACAGAGUUGGAGCGAGUCUUCCGAUGGUGCACUUAAGGUGUGCGUAUCCAGUCGCGAGGAUAACGUUUUCAUGAACGCUUUCAAUCCAAACAGGAGGUUACGACUGCAAGAUUUAACAAGGCAGGAUCUUGAAGAGUACGUCGAUCAGAAGCUUCCAGACAUCCCUUCCACGGAUACGCGUCAGCGGAUUUCAGCUACGAUAGUGGAGCGCUCAUGCGGUAUCUUUCUUUGGGUAGUCUUGGUAGUGAAAGCACUGCGUGAAGCCUUUGAAGACGGACGCGAGUUGAGCGAUUUUGAGGCGGAACUGAAUUGCCUACCGUCCGAACUGGAAGCUCUAUUUGCGUACUUACUCAGGACUAUCCCGGUAUCAAGACGUAGAAACGCGUAUUGUUUCUUAAGACUGAUGCCGUAUCCCACAACUAUCCGCAUCCCUCUACACGGAGUACUGUAUCUGGAAAAGUAUUUGAAGAAUCCCCGUUUCGCUCUUGAAGAAGGCCCAUCUAAGCCCAGAUUUGGCCAGGAUCCACAUUCCAGGGUCUCUCCGCGAGAAGAAGCGGAGCUUGUAAAGGCUCGAAAAACGCUGCAAGGAGAUUGUCGAGGGUUAGUAGAGAGUCAGGAGUAUGAAGGGAAACAUCACGUGGUUUUUACACACAGAUCUGUGCCAGAAUUCCUCGAGAAGCCCGCCACGAAAGAGCUCAUGGGUAGUGAAACCAGUGAUUUCAUCGUCGGGGAAGCUCUUGCUCAGAUGCUGUUGGGACAGCUCCGUGCAGCUGAUGAAAGUAGAGCUGAUAUUGAUCCUCAAUACAAAACGUUAACUUUAGGGUACAUCUUCGACGUUCUCUAUAUAUAUCACGACAAAAAGAGAAGGCAACAUGACCCGACGAACGAAUAUUUGACGGUUCUUGAAAAUGAACUACAACGCAAACGGGUGGCAAUACUCGGGCCAUAUACCUAUUCGCUUCCAGGAUUCGGAGAUAUCCUGAAGUCGUUGUUUCGCAACGAUGACCGCGAUGAACAAGAGGCCACCAGGAUUUUCCAUCCGUGUUACGCGCUAGCUAUUUUUGGGGAUCUCGACUACGUUGAAUGGAAGCUCGAGCAGGAUCCACUGUUAAUGGUACACGCCGGUAACAGAUCGCUGUUGCUUGUUUUCAUGAUCUCAGGACUCACGAGCCGGGACUGCAACUGGUGGGGUCCACAGGUUGUUAGGAUAGCUCAACAACUGCUUGCCAUGGGUUCUCUGGAGAGCCCUCACUGCAUCCUUGCGAUGCUAAUCAUGUGGCUGACACUUUGGCAGUCGGAUGAUCACCAGAAGUUCAUGGGAUCAAAGCCUUUUUUUGGCCCACUGUUUGCUGCGCUGCUCGGAAAGGUUGAAGAAGAGAACCAUUUCGCGAACAAUUUUAGUGUAGAACGCAUGGUCAUGGAUAAAUCAACGGUUCUGGAGGUAUAUUGGAAUGAAGAAAGUCUGACGUAUGAGCAAUAUGGUAACGAUUGCAGGAGAGGACGAGGAAUUGAGCUUGCCCAAGCACUUGGGAAUGAUCGUUUCAAAUUGAGGGAUGUGAUAGAACUUCUGAACUUUGAAAACGGCGAUGAAAUCCUGGCACUCAUCGAUAGGAUCGAGGCGCCAGCGGGCUCUAGCGGUGGGCUAGAUCAGACCGCCGAUACGAGUCGCACUUCUACUUCCCAUACUCAGAUGCGAAACCUGAGCGUGGGGCUCAGCGCUGAGCCGCUUGAGAAGGAUGCUUCUGUUGAGCGCGAGAAACCGAAAGAAGAAGCUGCAGAUGAUUGUGAGGCAACUCCAGUCCAAGCGCUCCGCUGGCAUCUCCGUAGUUCGCUGUCUGGUUUGAGGACAGUAUAUUUCCUGUUUGCUCUCGUAGGUAGGUUGUCUACGCUCCUUAGUCCAUCGCGACCGCUGAUAUACCGACCAGGAAUCCUAUGUGCCUUCCUUGUCUAUCGCGUUCUGUCUGGGUAA